GGGGGCCUGGACGGACUGACCCUGUGCCCUCGGGGCUAUUCUAACUUCGGGGGGCUUGCCUCCUCCUGGCCCGGCUCAGCUUCUUGCAUGGAUACAUCAUGGCUACGCUUGUUUGCAGGGUGCAGUUCCUAGAUGAUACCGACCCUUUCAACAGCACCAACUUUCCCGAGCCUAGCCGGCCUCCGCUGUACACUUUCCGGGAGGAUAUCGCCCUUGUUACCCAACUGGCUGGGAUUCACCGAUUACUCCGGGCACCCCACAAGCUUGAUGAUUGCACACUACAGCUCUCUCAUAAUGGCACAUAUUUGGAUUUGGAAUCAACUUUAGCUGAGCAAAGAGAUGAACUGGAAGGUUUCCAGGAAGAUGCUGGGAGGGGUAAGAAGCAUAGUAUAAUCCUAAGGACCCAACUCUCCGUGAGAGUCCAUGCCUGCAUUGAAAAGCUGUAUAACUCUAGUGGACGAGAGUUAAGACGGGCUCUGUUCUCCUUGAAGCAGAUAUUUCAGGAUGACAAGGAUUUGGUGCAUGAAUUUGUUGUGGCUGAAGGUCUGACGUGCUUGAUAAAAGUGGGAGCUGAGGCAGACCAGAAUUAUCAAAAUUACAUCCUUAGAGCUUUGGGCCAGAUUAUGUUGUAUGUAGACGGGAUGAAUGGAGUCAUAAAUCAUAAUGAAACCAUUCAAUGGCUGUAUACUCUCAUUGGUUCAAAGUUCCGCCUUGUGGUGAAGACUGCCCUGAAAUUACUGCUGGUGUUUGUGGAGUACACAGAGUCAAAUGCACCUCUUUUAAUUCAGGCUGUCUCCUCAGUUGAUACAGAAAGAGGAGUCAAGCCAUGGUCUAAUAUAAUGGAGAUCUUGGAAGAAAAAGAUGGGGUUGACACCGAGCUGCUGGUUUAUGCCAUGACUUUAAUAAAUAAGACUCUAUCAGGUUUGCCAGAUCAAGAUGCUUUCUAUGAUGUGGUAGAUUGUCUGGAGGAGCUCGGCAUUGAAGCUAUUUCUCAGAGACAUUUGAACAAGAAAGGCACAGAUUUAGAUUUGGUGGAACAAUUUAAUAUCUAUGAGAUGACUUUGAGGCACGAAGAUGGUGAUGAGAAUGCUGAACCUCCCCCCAAUGGACGGAAAGACCGGCGAAGGGCUAGUCUGGGUUCAAGUGAACAUCGGGGAUUAAAUCGAAGAAGGAGCCGGAGACACUCAGUUCAGAGUGUUAAAAGCACUUUAUCAGCUCCUACUAGUCCCUGUAACCAACCAGCUCCUAGCUUCAAACUCAGCCAAAGCCAUCCUGUUGGAGAUCUCAGUGAAAAAAAGGAGGAGGAGGAGGAGGAAUUUGAAGAAGAAGAAGAAGAACAACCAAUCACAGAACCCAAUUCAGAGGAUGAGGGAGAGGAAGAUGCCUCCUGUCAGGUUAAAGACAGUGAAAUCAGCUCUCCUUCAGAGUUAAAUCAAGUUGAGAAUGAUAACAUUUCAAAGAAUUCUGAUAUUUCAACUUCCACAAGUGCAAUGAUUCAAGAAAAGUGGAUUCCUUCAAGUAUUAAAUCUAAGAGCCCAUCUUGCAACUCAUCAUUUGUGCCUGGUUCAUCUCCUGGAUCAUCCCCCCAUCAUGUUUCUCAUUCACCAUCCUCAUCUGCAUCAGCUUUUUCUACUUCCUCAUCAGCAUCUACCAAUCAGAAGGCAUCUCCAGUGGUAGAAAAGUUGCCUUAUGUACCACAUACUCCUUUUCACCUUUUCUCUUAUGAUUUUGAGGACUCUCCUUUAACUGCAAAAGAAAAGGAAAAAGAAGUCCAGAAAGAAAACAGUGCAGCAGACCCUGUACAUUUGAACAAAUACCCUGAUUCUGAUUCUGAUCCCUACAAUUUCCGGUCUUUUUCUUCUAAUAGAUAUAGCAACUAUGGCAACAGCUCUUAUCUCUCUACAAGAGGUUAUUCAGGAUCAAGUGCACCUACAACACCUACUUCAUCCCUCUCACCAUACCAAGAGGCCAAAUCAGAACGGUCAUCAUUGAGUGGUCUCCUUACAUCAUCAUUUCGUCAACACCAAGAAUCAUUAGCAGCAGAGAGAGAGAGGCGACGGCAAGAGAGAGAAGAGAGAUUGCAAAGGAUAGAACGAGAAGAAAGAAAUAAAUUCAACCGAGAUUAUUUAGACAAACGAGAAGAGCAAAAACAAGCAAGAGAAGAAAGAUACAAAUACUUGGAGCAGUUGGCAACCGAAGAGUAUGAGAAGGAGCUGAGAAAUCGGAAUACAAGCCGAGGCAGGACAGAGCUCUGCUUAGACCUGAGUGCUCCUGCAGCCCCGUCCUCUCCAGUCCCUAAGUGUGUUAGUCCACUAUCUCCACAGUCCCAAGAGGAGGUGAAAGAAACUUCAACAUCCCAGGCAACAGCCCAGCCUGUUGAAGUGAGUGCAAGUGACCCUGACCCUGAAGCAGAGCCUGAGACAGAAAGAGUGGAAGCAGGAGGAGUGGAAGCUGAGGUCGGAGUGAAGCAGAGGGUGGAUGUACCGCAUCAGGAAGUGUUGUGUCACCAAGGGGGACCAAAAAGUGAAGGGACCCAAGGACCAGAAGAAAGUGCAAUACUCAGUGAGAAGGAAAGGCAAAAUGAAGAAGUGAAUGAAAAAGACAACUGCUCAGCCUCCAGUAUUUCCUCCACAAGCAGCACUUUAGAGAGAGAAGAGAAAGAAAGCAAAUUAACAAGUGAUAAUGAAGCUGGUCUCUGGUCCCAGACCAUUCAGGAUGCUGGUGUAAAUGAGCAGUGUAGCAACAUUCUCAACAACAAGCGGUUCAUGCUGGACAUGUUGUAUGCUCAUAAUAAAAAACCCAAAGAUGAAGAGGAGAAGGAACCAGAGAAGGUGGAGGAGGAGAAGAAGAGGACGGAAGAAGAUGAAGAGUCCAUCCCCUGUGUAGCCAGUAGGAUCUCUGUUCUCCAGGCCAAUGCCCAGGUUAAAGAUGAGAAUGUCAGAAAGAUGGAGAUUGAAAACUUGGAGAACCAGGGAAGUGUGAAAGCUUUUGCUGAAAAGUUCAACAAUGGGGAGCUCUCCAAAGGCACAGCCUCAUCAGAGACAGGAAUUGGUGAACAGGUCUCUGAAAAGGCACAAGCACAACCAAAGAAGGAGUCGGACUAUAUUUGGGAUCAGCUCAUGGCGAAUCCUAGGGAACUGAAAAUCAAAGAGAUGGACUUUACAGACUUAGGAGAUGAGGAUGAUAUAGAUGUUUUAGAUAUGGAUUGGGGUCCCAGAGACUCACUCAUUCCUCCUCCUCCACCUCCACCUUCCUUUUUGUGUUUGCCUCCCCCUCCCCCUCCCCCUCUUUUUGAUUGCUCAUCUCCAACUCCAGCCCCUGCUAAUUUAUUGGCUCCUCCCCCAAUGUAUGGCACUCCUCAGGGUUUAGGGUGGCCCCAGGUUCCCAGGGGUCAGCCAGCAUUCACAAAGAAGAAGAAAACCAUCCGUCUCUUUUGGAAUGAGGUGCGGCCAUUUGAGUGGCAGUGUAAAAACAAACGCUGCAGAGAAUUCCUGUGGUCGAAACUGGAACCCAUUAAAGUGGAUACUUCCAAACUGGAGCACCUCUUUGAGUCUAAGUCCAAGGAACUGUCUGUCACAAAGAAAACUGCUGCAGAUGGAAAACGACAAGAAAUCAUUGUUUUGGACUCGAAGCGUAGUAAUGCUAUUAACAUUGGUCUGACUGUCUUACCCCCUCCGAGGACAAUCAAGAUUGCCAUUUUGAAUUUUGAUGAGUAUGCCUUAAACAAAGAAGGCAUUGAGAAAAUUCUCACCAUGAUUCCCACUGAAGAGGAAAAACAAAAAAUCCAAGAAGCACAAAUGGCCAACCCAGAUCUACCCCUCGGCAGCGCAGAGCAGUUUCUCCUCACACUUUCUUCCAUCAGUGAACUGUCUGCCAGACUCCAACUUUGGGCUUUCAAAAUGGACUAUGAAGUCAUUGAAAAGGAGGUGGCUGAACCACUUUUGGACUUGAAGGAAGGAAUAGAUCAAUUGGAAAAUAAUAAAACCCUGGGCUUCAUUUUGUCUACUUUGUUAGCCAUUGGUAACUUCCUCAAUGGUUCUAACGCCAAAGCAUUUGAGUUGAGCUACCUCGAGAAGGUUCCAGAGGUCAAAGACACUGUGCACAAACAGUCCCUUCUUCACCAUGUGUGCACAAUGGUGGUGGAAAAUUUCCCAGACAGUACAGAUCUAUAUUCCGAGAUUGGGGCCAUCACUAGGUCAGCCAAGGUUGACUUUGAUCAACUUCAAGACAACUUGUGUCAGAUGGAACGAAGAUGCAAAGCAUCAUGGGAUCACCUGAAGGCAAUUGCUAAACAUGAAAUGAAACCAGUUCUAAAGCAAAGAAUGUCUGAGUUUCUGAAAGACUGUGCAGAAAGAAUUAUAAUUCUGAAGAUUGUUCACAGAAGAAUAAUUAAUAGAUUCCACUCCUUCUUACUGUUUAUGGGCCAUCCCCCCUAUGCUAUCCGUGAUGUGAACAUUAAUAAGUUCUGUAGAAUCAUCAGUGAGUUUGCCCUGGAAUAUCGCACUACUCGGGAGAGGGCGUUACAGCAGAAACAGAAGAGAGCAAACCACAGAGAGAGGAACAAGACCCGAGGGAAAAUGAUCACUGAUACCGAUGAAGAAGAUGAAGUUGAGACGGGAAAAUUCUCUAGUAGUUCCACUCCCUCUCAGAGCCAACCACAGGGAUUGGAAUAUGCAGAAGACGCAGCUGAACAUGAAAAUAUGAAGGCUGUGCUGAAAACGUCUUCCAUUGGUGAAGAAGGCACCUCAGUUUUGGGCGUAAGGACACGAAGCCGAGCCAGUAGAGGCUGCACCAGCAGCACGUGGCACGCCAGCACUGACGACUCACCUAACGUUACAGAUGAUGCAGCAGACGAGAUCAUGGAUCGCAUCGUCAAAUCAGCCACCCAAGUGCCCAGUCAACGAGUGGUGCCAAGAGAAAGGAAACGAUCACGAGCAAAUAGAAAGUCAUUAAGAAGAACUCUGAAGAGUGGAUUAACACCAGAAGAAGCCAGAGCCCUGGGCCUGGUCAGCACUUCUGAAAUGCAGCUGUGACAUCAGCAGAGAUGAGGAAACUGAGACAAAUAGGGUUAUGUGACUUGCCCAGGGUCAAAGUAUCUGAGACCACAUUUGAACUAAGGAAGAUGAAUCUUCUUAACUCCAGGCCAAGCACCCUAUCCAGUAGAUAAAAUAUUCACAGAUGAAUAAAUGUUGGAAUAAAAAUCUAAGAUUUUUCUAUCUGACUGGUUACCCUGUGGCUCUUUCUCCACUGCAAUAAAGAUUUGGAUGAAAAUGAUUACCAAAUACAAAAAGCAUGUCAGUCUAAAAAAUAAAAUAGAAAACUGAUUGUUUUGUUUUAAUUGCCCAGUUCAUCAUGUGAGGGAGGAUGUCAAGCUAUUUACCUGGUGUCACCAAACAAAAAAUGACAAAGAUGAUUAUUUUUCACAUAAUUGUUUACAUGUUCACAUCCCAAUCCAGCUAUUUGUAAACCUCUUUCUCCAUAGGUACCAGUCAAUGGAAUUGAGGGAUUACACAAUUACAAUUUAGAGGCUGUCUUAAUUAAUUCCCUUUUUUCACUUAAGAGGAAACUGAGGAUGAUGAUAGAACUGGCACAUGAACCCAGGUUCCAACUCCAAACCCACACAACUUCUGCCUUUCCAAGUCCUCUGGAUCAACUUGAUCACUGAUCCUUUAAAGGGUCUGACCUCAUAGGACAAUUUUUUUCCUCACUGUAAGUCCCUCAGUGUCCUGUUAUACAUUUUUUGUGGAAGCCCCUUUUAGGGCUGCAUUUAGUUGGGGAAGGUAGCUUUUUAACUUUCACUGGGUCCUCUUGGUAUAUCCCACCCUUUAGGUAUUGCUUUUGAAUAACUUAACAAAAGGCAUUUUGGGGACAGGAUCCUGGUAAGGCUAGGCACCUUGUCAGAAGUGGCAGAUAUAUUUUGUCAUUGAGAAUGAUGGAGAAGUCUGUGUUUGAGAUAUUUCAAGGGCUCAUUUAUAUAGUAUUCAUCUUAAAGAUUUGGAUCAAUUUCCUCUAGGAAAACCUUUUAUAAAGCCACCCUCAUCUCUUAAAUCUCCCUUCUCAAUUCCUCUCACCUUAUCUCUACACCCCAAGGAAUCUUUAAUGAAAUAAGUCAAUUAGCAGGAAUGAUAACUCACAAUGAGAUCAGAGUUACACUUUUAAGUCAAAAAGGCCCUCUGGGGACCUACCAGGCUCUGGGACCCUCCUAUACAUAAGCAUAGAGAGAAUAAUCAAUAUUCUGUCAGAACCUCUUGAUUCACACUAAUAUCAGGGGCCUGGGAUCACUUGAUGACCGGUCACUUGUUUUCACUGAUUCAGCCAUGAAGCAGGGCCUGAAAUCUCCACCAAAGCUUAGGAUCAUAAAUCCAUCCAGGGUAAUAAGAUGCGCAGUUAUCACCAGAUUGGGUUGUUGGUCAGUUGUUUCAGCUGUGUCCAACUCUUAAUGGCCCCCAUUUGGGUUUUUUUGACAAAUAUAUUGAAAUGAUUUGCCAUUUUCUUUUCCACUUCAUUUUACAGAUGAGGAAACUGAGGCAAACAGGGUUAAGUGACUUGCCCUUUCUGUAAGUCUGUAGGACAACUUAUAUUCAUAUACUUAUUCAGCAGCCCUGGUCAGCUGUCCAGAGAGAUUAAGUUUGGGGUGAACCCCGUACCCCAUAAUAAAUAGCAUUUACUUAUAGAAUCCCAUGAAAUGUUGCUACAAAUAUUAUCUCCAUUUUUCAGAUAAGGAAAUUAAGAUCCAAAAAAGCUGUUCCACAAAAGUGGUUGUGUCAGAGGUAGGGUUGGAUUUAGGUCUUCCUGAUUCCCAGUCUGGUACUCUUCUCUGUUUUGCCCUGCUGCUUUUUGGCAUCUCCACGGUCCAGUGGAACCAGCGAGCAUCUUUGUUUUCUUUAUGAAGAUACAGUGAUCCUCCUAAUAAAGUGAUUUGUGACUAAAGCUUUUAACCAGCUGGAUAAAGAAAUCAGAGCCAAGUGACCAGCACUGUGUUCCUGAGUACUAGGGACAUGGUAAGUUCCUUUUCUUAGGCUGUUGGGUGACAGUCAAGUUCAAAUCCAGCCUCAGAUACUUACUAGCCAUGGGACCUCAACUAUAAAAUGGGGAUAAUUAUAGCACCCAUCUCCCGGGAUUGUUAUGAGGAGCAAAUGAAAUAUCUAUGAAGUGCCUUAACAUUGUACCUAUGUUAUAUUUUAUCAUUUAGUCUUUUUCAAGUACAUUUGAGGUUUAUUUGGCAAAAAGACUAGAGUGGUUUGUCAUUGCCUUCUCCGGGUCAUUUUACAGAUGAGGAAACUGAGGCAAACUGAGUUCAGUGAUUUGGCUAGGAUCACAUCUAGUAAGUGUCUGAAGCUGGAUUUGAACUCAGGAAAAUGAGUCUUCCUGACAUCAGGCCUGGUACUCUGUGACCUAGUACUAUAAAAUACUAGGUAUUAUUACUAUGAAGAGAUGAUAAAACAACUGUCUAAAGCAGAUAUUUCUGCUUGAUACUCCACUGUGAGCUCUUCCUCAAUAUGCAUUGGAAAUCCUUGGUAAGCACCAGCUGGCUAUAUAUGUAGCUAUCAUAUCAUGUAGGUAUAGGCUGAGAUUUAAACCGCUUGGAUAAUUGGAAGAAAACCCUGUCAUUGGAAAAUAAUAAACAGGAAUGGACUUGAUAAAUGUAUACAUGAAUAAAGAAUGCAACCGAGAAAUGUGUUCCACCACCAAUAAGAGCUUAGGCACAAUAUUCCUGGUGAAAUGAUAUUUCAAAUCUUUAGAAAAGAAGGAGAGAAAUAGUACACUUGGACAAAGUCUUCUAUCUGCAAUCAAAGCAGAAAUGAAAGUCAUUUUCAAGGAUCCUGUGGUACCAAAAUUGACAACACCACCAAGCCUUCAGGUCUAUUCAGUGGAGAGACUGCAUGAAUUCAACAUCAGAAAUCACAAUUUGGUCUGGGUCUAAAUUCGCAAUUCUGCCUAUGAAUGAAUAGGACCAGCUGCAUCUUAAUUACAUAAUCAAAGAGAUGUGUAAGGGAUAUACACAGAGCUUGGGGUAUCUUUGAGUAGGCAUUUAAAACAAAAAAAAACUUGAAAAAAAAAUAAUCAGCUCAAGGUGAAUUAGUCCAAUUAAAGACAAGUUAGUGCUAGCCCUCAUCUUCCAUGUCUCUGUAACCUAAAUUGUGGCUCUAGCUUUUCUGUUUGACUUACUCUAUUAAUAGUUUAUUAGAUGAGACAGCUUUGUAAUAAUGGGAAAACACAGAACUAGGAGGCAGUUGAUUGAGAUUCUAGUCCUGGAUCUUCCACUACUUGGCUCUGCACAUGUCAUCUCUUUUUUGGACCAUCCAUCACCCUUUAAGGACUUCCAUGUGUUCAUGAAUAAAAUGAGGAGUUUGAAUUAGAUGAUUUCUCAGGUCUAUUUCAGUCCUAACUACACAUACAUACAUAUACAGACAUACACUUAUGUGUGUAUAAUUUUGCCCUUUUCUGCAAGACCUUUGGCUACAUCUAACAUGUCCAGGAAAAGAAUUCUGAAUCUUGGUUGGGGAAAAUGAUAAGUUUUUAUUUGCCUAGCUCUUGAGAACUAUGAAAUCAGAGAAACUACCUUUUUUUUUUCCUCCAGCACCUUUGGAUUGGGCAGUCCAGAAUACACCUUUAAAAUGGAAAGUUGUGUCAAGGAAAUAAGGUCCCAGAAAUUGUACAGAAAUUAACUGGCUAACUUACUCCAGAGCUAACAGGCACUGCUAAGCAGUGGUCUGCAAAAUAUAAACAUUAGAGGGUAGAAAAAAUCCCCAAGUAUCUGAGUAGGGGGUUAGGCAAAAGUGAGAUUUAUUGAUCUUGGUUUUAGUUAUGGUUACUGUUAUUGGUUUUUAUUGGAGUCAUUUAGGUCAUAAAAACAAAAGUAUUCAAUAUUAAAGUUUGACAUUCAGAAAUGACUCUCUUGUGGGUAAUUUAAAAUUAAAAGGACACUGAAGAAUAUGAGAAUAGUCUUGAGAAGGGGAAGGAGGAUGGAUGGAUAGAUGGCCAAAGGACUGAGUACACAGACAGGUGAUUCCUUCUACAGUAAUUAUUUAGAAGUAAUUUUCAUGGACUAUGUGGUACCCAGAACAGAAACACCAGCUGUCCCACAGCUCCACUUCAGGAGAGAGAUUCCACUAAAAAAAAGAGUAGAGAAAUCAGCUCAAAAAAAAAAAAAAACCUAACUUGGAAAUAGUGGAGAUAUUUUUACCUACUAUGACUCCAUGAUGCAACUCAAGAAAUAAAUAUUCUGUGCAUGAAUGAGAAAAAAAAAAUGGAAUGCAACUAUCUCUGUUAAAUGAGAAGUGUCCCCACAUGUAACAUAGACAUUUAAGCUGCUGCCUAGAUACCAGAAAGAUGAUCAUCUGUGCUGGCAAGUUUCCAUGAAAUGUGCAUUUGGAGCUAACUUUCUGCAAUAACUGUGCUCGGAGAAGGGGGAAAGGCUUUAAAGCAGCAUUCUAUAAUUCAAAUCAUAUUUUCCCUUUGACUUCCAUUGUAAUAUUGGAAGUGCACUUCUGUGUUAUUUUUUUUUAAUUGGCCUAAGGACAUAAUUUAAAAAAAUAAUAACAAAGACUACAAUAAGCCUUUUGAGCCAAUAUUUUCUUUUUUAAGUGAUAUUUUAUUUUUUCCUAAUUGCAUAUAAAAACAAUUUUUAACAUUUUAGAAAAUUUUGAGUCCUAAGUUCUCCCCUCCCUCUUUCAUUCCCCUCUCCUCUCCAAGACAGUAAGCAAUUUGAUAUAGGUUAUACAUGUGCAAUUAUACAAUUUCUAUGUUCAUUAUGUUGUGAAAGAAAACACUGACCAAAAGAAAAUAAAAACCCACAAGUGAAAAAUAGUAUGUUUCAACCUGCAUCAACUCCAUCGCUUCUUUCUUUGGGGGCAGAUGAUAACAUUUUUCAUCAUAAAUAUUUUGGAAUUGUCUUGGAUCUUUGUAUCGCUAAGAAUAGCCAAGUCAUUCAGAGCUCUUCAUUGUACAAUAUUGCUGUUACUGUGUACAACUGAACCAAUAUUAUUUAAAAAACAAUUAGGGGGAGUAAGGUCCAGUGAAAAGGAAGUUGGAUUUGAUCCCAGAAAAUCUGGCUUCCAGUUCUGCCUCUGACCAUUAGUGGAGCAAGUCACAUAGGGUUUCCUCAUUUGUAAAAUGAGGGAAUUGAUUCUGGCUCUAAAUCUAUGAUGCAACGAAAAUCAUUCUACUUAAAACAUCACACAGCAUAAGUGCUAUACCAGGAACUGAGUAGCCUUUGAGUGAAGCUCCCUAAGAAAUAGAAGUGCUUUGGUGGCUUCCUGAUCUCUUAAAUACUAGUCCUCCCAGUGUAGUGUUUAAGGUGAGCCCUCAAACUAGCAAGUAUUCUCUGUUGAAACUGAAGAUCUUAUGCUACAAAACUAGCAGCCUCACAGCCUUAGGCCACGUAUUUCUUCUUCAGGGCUUUAUCUCAAGCUUUGUUUUCAGUUGCCUUUAAAUCCAUUUCCAUAAUUCAAAUAUUUUCCAUUUUUCUGCCUUGCUUGGUUGACAUUUUCUACAUUUGAAGGGAGUGUUUAUACUUUUUUUUUCCUUAUUCUUUGUAAAUUCUUGAUGCUGUAAAAAAAAUGAAAUAGAAAUCUUUUUUUUUUUUUAAUUGUCAUCACAUAAGAGUAUAGGGGCUUGCUUUAAAGAAUUAUUUCUUGAAUUUCUUAUUUUUGUAAGUGUGGAUUUACACAAAGUGAGUUCCCUCUAAACAGGAGACAUCUAUGGGGAAGGGAUGUAUAAGUAAAGCUUUGUUUUGAUGAAGGGAGAAAAAAAGAAAAAAACUGUCUCUUCAUUUGAAUUAUGUCUUCAUAAUGGGAGGCCCAAGAGGUGCUUAUAAGGCUACGUGUUAACUGGCCACAUAGACCAGAAAUAAUGGAAUCCUCAUGGGAAAACAAGGGACUUUCUUCUUUUGGGAGAGAGCCUUCAGAUGGUCUCAAUGUCUGGGUUUUUAGGUUGUUUGUUUUUUGUUCUGUGAGUUGAGAAUUGUAAAAAAUAAAGUUAAUUGUAAAGUAGAAAGGAUGCUUGUCUUAGGUAAAAAGAUAAAAGCUGUACAAUUGUGUAAAUGUUACUACUCAUAUGUAGCAUAGUGUAAAAUAGACUUCUUGACAGUGUUAUUCUGUGAAUUGUAAUUUAAAAACAAGCCAUGCAUGGUCAAAGAUAAAACUCUUGUAUGCAUUUGGUCAUUGUUAAUCCUAUCUUGGUCUUUGUUGCUGUUGUUUACUCAUUUUAGAUAAAAGGUUUUUGUUUUUUUUAAUGUUAAAUUGUCUAUAAAAUUGCUGUUUUGUUAUUCUAACAUGUGACUCUACAAAGAACUUGAAACAGUGUUUGAGAAUUUAUUAAUCUACCAACAUAUUCAUAAUUGUCUACUGAGCCAUUUGGACACAUUGAUCCCAUGUGGAGAUGAACUGAGAAGAAUUUUCAGUGUUCUCAGUCCCAUGUUCUUUUUCUUCCAAAAUGCCCCAGUCUUGCUUUUCUUGACAUAGAGUCCAACUGGGAAAUCUGAAUUGAGACUCACAUCCCAAAUUUCUUGAUAUAUGCAAUGCGAUGCUGAUUUCUUUCUUCAGCAGUAUUUAAACUCACCUUGCAAUAAAGCUUUAUAAAACACUAA